AUGCCACAAGUAUAUCCAAACACGAGUAACGAUGACCCAGCGCCCCUCAGGGGCGAGGCGUGCUUGGGCGGGGACACAACCGGAGGCAUGUGCAUGGGCGCUUAUGGGGACGACGCAGCUGCCAAAUGGUAUCAGCGCUCAGAGUUCGACAUCCUUUUGGACUUCCUCGACACAGAUGGGAAUGGCAAGGUCUCAGCUCUCGAGCUGGCGGACUUCGUAGACAGCCUCUUAGGCACCCAGGACCACAAACGGCCCAACGGAUCCCUCGUAUUCGAAGCCGUGCUGACGACGGCGCUGCGCCAGGCCAACUCCGAGAAAGACGCCUCCAAGGAAGGCUCUGGCCCACGUCCCGACCCGCGUCCCCCACCUCCCCCACCUCCUCCACCUCCACCUCCUCCACCCCUCGGCUUCAAGAGCGACACCAGCAAAUGGACGAGCACCCGCUCGGACGAAGACACUGGGGCGGCAGGCAUCCCGUCAUCUACACAGCAGCAGCAGCAUGGGCUGGAACGGCAGCAUAAACGCCAACCGCCGCCGCCGCUCUCAGCAGCGGAGCAACAGCAAGGACAGAAGCAGCUGCCGCGGGGCCCGUCUGCCUCGCAGUCGCAGCUACGGCCACUGGUAACGGGAUCGCUGGCGUCCAGGCUGGGAGCCGUCACCAUGAAGGAGAUUCAGCAGUACGGCAGUACCCAAGUCAUGUCCAUGGAUGCCGUACGAAACUGCUUUGAGGAGCUUCUGGCGGACACGGACCUCUGGAUUCGCCUGACCAGCAGCUGCAGCGUCAUGACGACCACCCUGUUUAGGCAACUGCUUAUGUAUUCGGCUGGGCGCCUUGAAAAGAAGUUCAAUAUGAUGGUCUUCCUAAAGACGUACGCGGCAUUCAAUGCCCUGCCGUUGUGGCUGCCCUUCCCCAGCUUGUGGCGCACUCGCAAGAACGGCAUUUUGUUUCUGGUGUACCUGCACCAGCUGACCAAGCUCCAGAACCAGCUCGGACCCACCAUCAGCUCCCGACUGCCCCUUCAUGCCACUCUGGUGGUUCUCACCAUGUUGCAGUUCAUUGCUACCUACAUACCGCUGAUCGCCUUCAUCUCCGCCCACGCCAUCCCUGCCAUCGCGUCCGCCCGGUCGGUGGUGGACUUCAUGCACGCGAACCCAAUGUCGAGACAAGUUAGCUUUUUUAGCUCCAUCUUGCCGUGGGCCGCUCUGCAGUUCCUGACCUCCUCAGCAGCACUCAAAUUGAGUUGCAGAGAUUUCGUCAAUCUCAAGGAGCAAUGCAAGGCCGUGUUCAUGCUGGGUGACGUAUCGUCUGAGUUCGAGGGCUACAAGGGUCUGACCAUUCGUGAUGUGAUGGACAGCAUCAAGUCCCGAGUGGAGCUAACUAUCAGCAGGUCCGCGUAUCAUCGGCUGAAUGCGCUGAUGCCGUUGGUUUUCGGUUGUAUUCUUGAGGCGUUUCGACGGCUGGUUCGGUUGUUCCUGGUGCGAAAUCUGGUGGCUAAGGAACCGCUGGGCAAAGCGGUAGUGCCGUUUGAAGUAUACGCGCUAUUCUACAACAUCUGGUUCGCAUACUCAGAAUCUGCGGACUGUACGGCGUAUCUGUACAAGCUGCGUAAGGUCAGCAGCGUCUUUAAGACGCUGCUGAGCAAGGAGGAAGCUCUGUCCCAGUCCCUACCCUGGCUCAACAACCACAGCCCCAGGAACCUGCUGCUGUGGUCCCGGCUCCGCCGCUACUACCAGAGCCCCAACUGCCUAGAGCUGCGGUGGAUUGAGAUGCACCUCACGCUGGUGGUGGUGGCCGCCCUUGCCUUCACCGUCAUCUUGGUGGUCACGUUCGUGCAGAAAACGUUGGUGCAGUUCUCUCCGGAGAAUUCAGACCUGCAGCUGUUCGUUGUGUGGGUCAUCCCGGCCUUCAUCUACCUGUUGAUAGCUCUGGUCAUCGACGUCAUCAUGUCGGCCUCCACGGGAACUGAGUACCAUGACGGUGUGAUGACACUGUCGGCUGAGGCGGUCUUCAUAGCCGACCGGCUUAACAGUGCGGAGGAGAUCGCCCGCCGCCACGGCGACCGUGUCAAGGACAACGGAACAGCCGCCAUUGCCGCCGCGGACAGCGACGGGGACAGCGACGACGGCGGCGAUGCGGAGGAGGCGUCGAAGGACCGUCGUAAGCCCAGCCGAGCCUUAGUGCCCUCAGCCCGCAAUCCGCCCCCGCCCGACUCCGGGCUCGUGCGCAGAAUGACCGGGGGCCUCGCCACCACCAGCACCGGCGGGGCAGGAGAUGAACGAGGCUCAUUCGCAUCGGGGCUUGGAGGCGGCGAUGGCGGCGGCGGCGGUGGUAGCCGCAGCAGCAGCCUCAACAGCCGCGGGCUGCGCUCCGGCGCCUUGGAUGUGGUGCCAGGGUUCCUUGGCGGCGGUGGUGGUGGAGGAGGAGGAGGAGGCUGGGUGCCGGCGCUGCAUUACCGGCUGUCCGGGGGGGAGAGGGCCCGGCUGCAGCAGUGCCAGGAGGUCAUUAAGGCCCUUGUCUCCUACAUUCAGUUCAACGCCGAGUACAUCACCAUCUUCGGAGUGCCCAUUGACACGCACCUGCGCAAUACACUGUUCUCUGUGUCAGUCACGCUUAUGGGGGCCGCCAUCUCGGCCUUCCUGGCCAUUGUGGUCAAGCGCUAG